ACUCGCCUUGCCGAGCCGGAAGACCCCACCCCCGGCCGGGCAAUCGAGGAAGUGGCGGGGCUGCUCAAGCAGGCAAGCCGAACGCUUCCUCCUCCUCCUCUCCUCCUCCUCCUCCGGCUUGGCUCCGUUUCCCCCAGCGGCGCAGGCAAGGACGGGCAUCGCCACCGGUGGGCGUCCCGGGCAGUUGGCCUUUCUGCGCACCCCCUCCCCGCUUUCUUCCUCUUUCCAAGUCCCGAGACGUGGAAAGCGCACGCCGAGGUGCCCCGCGAGUCUUGCCCAGAUGGAGGGCGCGGGGAGCGAGGCCCCGCAGAGCCAUUCCCUUCUGAGCUGUGAUGUAUAAUCCGGUGCUUUGAAGAUGGAUAUGCUAGACUGGCUCUGCGGACGAUGCUUCAUAUAUUAGAUGUGUUGGAGUGCUGAUGGUUUAAAACUUUCUGCCAACUGCGAGAGAAUGUAUUGGUGUGUCGGGAGAGAAGAAACUGCAGAAAAUGGCGAGAAUCCCAGAGAGGAGCAAGAAGAAAUGUCAGACAUGGGCAUCCAGCAGCCCACAAUGGAAUCUUUCUCCCCUGGCCAGACCUCUGCGCGUGAGACCAUUCAGAGUCUGUACCGAAGAGGAGACUUUGAGGUGGCUCUACAGAUGGUCCGAGCAGCCAGCACGAAGAAUCUCUCUCAAGAGGAGAAGGGACACCUGUUGAGCCUGUCAACCACCUAUGGGGACCUUCAGGCUGUCAGAUACUUGUUAAAAGAGACAGAUGUGUCCAUAAGCCUUGAGCCCAGUGAUGAUAAUCCAGCGGUGGUAGCUGCGUAUUUUGGACAUAAGGACAUAGCACAAGAAUUGCUGGAUUCUUUUCUUGGGGCAACGAACAUCUUGCAACUGCUGAAUUGGAUGUUGGUGGUGGCUUGUCAACAAGGCCAUCUAGAAGUGGUUAAGCUCUUGGUGCUGGUAUACAAAGCGAACCCUGACAGCUACGCCAUGAGAAAGAAUGAGUUCCCCGUCCUCCUUCGAUUGCCGCUUUACGCCGCCAUGCAAGAAGGCCAUGACGAUAUUGCUGCCUUUUUGCUGGAGAAUGGUUCCUUCUUUUGUUCUUACACACUAAUGGAUUGUCCCAAGGCGAGCAAACGGCUUCUUUGCAAUCAUUUCAUUGAACCAGUUUCUUCAUCCAGGAAUGUCCAGGCAAAACCAGGUCUUUCUGUGAACUGGUCCAAGCUCAAAUUGCCUUGGGUGGAUUUUGACUGGCUGAUAGAUCUUUCCCAUCAAAUAACGGAGCUGGACCUCUCUGCUAAUCAACUGACCUCCUUGCCGUCCAUCAUUCCUUGGGGUUUGAUGAACCUUCAGAAACUGAACCUCUCCGACAACCGAUUAAAACAGCUGCUUGACGUACCGUCCUCAGAUGGAAUCAUUUGCACGAAGUUACUGGCGAUUGACAUAUCUAACAACAGGUUCCUCAGCCUUCCUUCUGGUUUAUUACACCUUUCUAGACUCCAAAGACUCGCUGCUUCCCAAAAUUAUUUGGAAAGACUCUUUGAUGAGGAGAACACAACCAACUGGAUUGGAUUAAGAAAACUGCAGGAAUUAGACAUCUCGGACAAUAGAUUAUCGGAGCUGCCUGUUUCCUUUCUGCACUGCUUGAAAUCAUUACAAAGCCUCAACGGAUCCAGCAAUAACUUAAAAGUGUUUCCUCUGCCGUGGGCCUGUCCUUUGAAAUCUUGCAAAGUAGCUAGAAAUAUGCUGGACUCUCUGCCUGACACUUUGGCAGUGUUUUGGAAAAACCAUCUCAAGGAAGUAGACUUUUCCUACAAUUCUUUGAAAGAUCUUCCACAGGGUCUCUUCCAGCUUGAAGCUCUGGUUUCCUUGAAACUUUCUGGGAAUCAGAUAGUUGUGUUACCGUCUCCUGAGAAAUGGUCUUGCCGGUUGUUGAAAUCUUUGGAUCUCUCCAAGAAUCAACUUGGAAAAACUGAGGAAGGGACCAAAACUAAAUGGAUUCCAUUAUUCUCUACAAGGAACAGAACUUGUGUUGGCAGCGAGAUAGAAUAUACCCUACAGUUUCCUGAAUUCCUGGCCGAUACAUUGGAAGUCCUCUAUCUGAAUGACAAUCAACUAGACUCUGUCCCACAAUCGGUUUGUCUCCUCAGAGGGCUGUCAGAACUCUACUUAGGAAAUAACCCAGGUAUUCAAGAGCUUCCUACUGACCUUGGACAACUGGUUAAUCUUUGGCAGCUGGAUAUUGAGGAUCUAAACAUUGGCAAUCUUCCAGCGGAGAUCAGAAAAGAGGGCAACCUUCUCCUUCAAACUCAGAGCUCCCAGUACAGCCAUUUCAUGGAUUCCACAUCUCUCCCCUCCCCCACCCCCGGACCCAAGACCAUUUUAGCUUAUUUACGCGCCCAGCUACGCAAAGCAGAGAGAUGUAAUGUGAUGAAAAUGGUGGUGGUAGGUCCUCCCCGACAGGGAAAAUCCACCUUGGUUGAGAUCCUGCAGACAGGGAAACCUUCUCUUUCAAUGCCUGACAAUGCCACCAUACGGACCACAAGAUGGGAGCUCCAGAGACCCGCUGGAUUCAAAUCCAAGGUUGACGCCGUUGAGUUGAACGUCUGGGAUAUCGGCGGCCCCUCCACCAUGUCAACAGUCAACCAGUGCUUCUUCACAGAUAAGGCAUUGUACAUUGUCAUCUGGAACUUGGCCCUGGGAGAAGAAGCUGUGGCAAAUCUUCAGUUCUGGUUACUCAGUAUUGAGGCCAAGGCUCCAAAUUCAGUUGUGCUGGUGGUAGGGACGCAUCUGGACCUCAUUGAAACAAAAUUCCGUGUCGAGAGGAUUGCCACCUUAAGAGCCUACGUUCUGGCUCUCUGUCGAUCUCCCUCUGGCUCAAGAGCCACUGGUUUUCCAGACAUCACAUUGAAGCAUUUGCAUGAACUCUCAUGCAAAACAUUGGAAGGUCUGGAUGGAUUGCGACAGCUGAUCUUCCACAUCAGCACAAACAUGAAGGAUGUCGGAAAUUCCAUCGGCUCACAGAGGCUUGUUGGGAGAUUGGUCCCGAGGAGCUAUUUGAGUCUUCAAGUAUCCGUCACAAUUGAGCAACAGAGGAGAAGCCAAAACGAUAGCGUGCAAUAUCUCACCGACAAGGAAAUACAAGGGAUCAUUGAGAAAACUCCAGCCAAUGACAUCAAGGAUUAUGAAGACAUGCAGUCUGCCAUCAAUUUCCUGAUCGAAACUGGGACGCUGAUGCAUUUCCCAGAUACAAGCCAUGGGCUGAGGAACCUCUACUUCCUUGACCCCGUGUGGUUGUCUGAAUGCCUGCAAAGAAUCUUCAACAUCAAAAGCUCCAAGUCAAUUGCCAAGAAUGGCGUGAUCAAAUCCGAGGACCUCCGGAUGCUGAUGGUCGGGACGGGGUUCACCAAGGAAACCGAAGAGCAGUAUUUCCAAUUCCUUGCCAAGUUUGAAAUUGCAUUACCGAUAGCAAACAACAGUUAUCUCCUACCCCACCUGCUUCCUGCCAAGCCAGCCUUUGAUGUUCACGGCUUACGGCACCAGACAACAAACACCAUCCAAAGAGUAUUCAAGAUGAGCUUCGUCCCUGUUGGGUUUUGGCAACGGUUCAUAGCCCGGAUGCUGAUCAGCCUUGCAGAGAUGGAUCUUCAGUUCUUUGAAAACAAGAGGGUGACCAAGACCAGAAAUAAAAGUUCUGUAAUCUACAGCUUUACGGGCACACAAAGAAACAGAUGCAGCACAUUCCGUGUUAAAAGAAAUCACACAAUUUAUUGGCAAGAGGGAUUGUUUGUCUCCUUCGAUGGAGGCUAUUUGAGCGUGGAGUCCUCUGAUGUGAAUUGGAAGAAGAAGAAAAGUGGUGGCAUUAAAAUCAUCUGCCAGUCAGACGUGAGGGAUUUUUCAGCCAUGGCUUUCAUCACUGAUCACGUGAAUUCUUUGAUCGACCAAUGGUUUCCUGCCCUCACUGCCACCGAGAGUGACGGGAGUCUACUGAUGGAGCAAUAUGUACCUUGCCCCAUCUGUUCAACCACAAAGUCCCAGGAUGGAGAGGACAACCCCAAAAAAGAAGAUGGACAGUACUUCAAUAUGGAAGACUGUUUUCUCACAGCUAUUGAACAAGACCACAUCACCUGUGCCCAGCACCCAGAUCUACCUGUCCCUUUACAGGAGCUGGUCCCUGAACUUUUCAUGACGGACUUUCCAGCCAGAUUAUUCUUGGAAAAUAGCAAACUGGAAUACGUAGAAAAUGAAAACAGUAUCCUCGGCCAAGGAGGAAGUGGGACAGUUAUCUACCGGGCACAGUAUCAAGGGAAGCCGGUAGCCAUCAAGCGUUUUCAGAUUAAAAAGUAUAAGACUUCUGCCAAUUCAGCAGGAGACACCAUGCUGAGGCAUCUGCGGGCAAUGGAUGCCAUGAAGAGCUUCUCGGAAUUCCGCCAAGAGGCCAGCAUGCUCCACUCACUGCAGUACCCCUGUGUGGUCUCCCUGACUGGGAUCAGCAUCCACCCGCUCAGCUUGGCCUUAGAACUGGCUCCUUUGGGCAGCCUGACCACUGUACUCGCAGAAAACUCUAAAGGAGCUCCCUUUGUGCCUCUGGGGCCUAUGCUGACCUUCAAGAUCACCUAUCAGAUUGCCGCAGGCCUGGCCUACCUUCACAAGAAGAAAAUCAUUUUCUGUGACUUGAAAUCCGACAACAUCCUCGUGUGGUCUUUAGACGUGAAGGAAAGCAUCAAUAUCAAACUGUCCGACUAUGGGAUUUCUCGGCAGUCCUUCCAUGAAGGAGCUUUGGGGGUGGAGGGCACUCCUGGCUAUCAGGCUCCAGAGAUACGACCUCGCAUUGUUUACGACGAAAAGGUGGACAUGUUUUCCUAUGGAAUGGUGUUGUAUGAGCUGCUGUCGGGGCAACGACCCAUCCUGGGACAGCAUCAGCUGCAAAUUUCAAAGAAACUCUCCAAGGGGAUUCGGCCCGUCCUGGGCCAGCCAGAAGAAGUACAGUUCCACCGACUGCAGGCUCUCAUGGUGGAAUGUUGGGACACCAAACCUGAAAAGCGGCCCCUGGCCAUUUCGGUUAUAGGACAAAUGAAAAGUCCUUCCUUUGCCACAUUCAUGUACUUCUUGCCCUGUGGGAAACAGUCUGUCUUCUCUUCCCAAGGACAGGACCACACCGUAGUAUUCUGGGAUGAGAAGGAAGAUACUAGGAACUACACCGUAGUAAACACGGAGAAAGGAUUCGUAGAGGUUUCCAAAAUGAGUUGCCCAGGAAUGAAACUAUGCUGCCAGUUGAAACUUCAGAACUCUCUUUGGACUGCAACGGAGGACCAGAAGAUUUACAUAUAUAGUUUACAAGGGAUGUGUCCUCUGAACACACCACAGAAAGGCAUAGACACUCCAGCUGUUGUCACCUGCUUUCUUGCAGUGCCUUUGCUGGAAAAGAACUGCUACAUGGUCCUGGCUGGCUUAUCGGAUGGACUGAUUGCAGUUUUCCAAGUCACGGCUGGUGCCCUGCAGGACAGUUGCCGCUAUCUUUGCUCCCACACGGCAAACCGUUGCUUGUUCAAUAUCGGUGAUGACGACCCCCGCCAGAACCCUUACUCUGUGAAAGCCAUGGAAAUGGCCAACAGCGGGGCAGAAGUCUGGUACAGCAAUGGCCCUGGUAUCCUCAUCAUAGACUGCAAAGCUAUGGAAAUCACCAGGCGACUGGAGCCCUACAGUCCGCCAUCCACAGUGGUAUCCAUUGCGUGCAGCUCCGAUUGCAACGGGGAAGAAGUGACCUGGUGUUUAGACGAUGCCACCAACUUCCUGCUGAUGUACUAUACCUCCAGCUAUCAGCUCUGUGCCCGAUACUUCUGUGGGGAUUGUAGCCCCCUGAGGGACAUGUUCACCGUUCAACAACCUUCAACCUUGAUUCCUACAACACUAACGGCCGACAGGCAGGUGGCCCCUGAGAGCAGCUCUUUGGCCAACGUGAGCAUCCUUCAGAGCCGAGAACUUGGCACUCAAAUACUAAAUCAUCAGGACUCCCUGACAGACUACUGCUCUAUGUCCUCUUAUUCGCCAUCGUCUCCUAACAGGAUGCUGAGAUCUUCCUCAAGUUUCCCAAGCUCCCCCGCCAGUUCGUCCAGUACACCUUUCUUGACUGACUGUGAAGAGCUCAACAAGCUUCCAGAGCCAAACCUUCCUUCAGAGAAGAUCGAAACGUCUCUCCAAGCUGUACGGAUCCUACCUGUAAAAGAUCUCUUGUGGAUUCCCAGACAAGGUGGUGAUAUCAUUGUGAUUGGCUUGGAGAAGGAAGCCAUCUCUCAGCGGGGAAGAGUCAUCGCUGUGCUGAAGGCUGUGGAGCUGACCUCCUAUGGGACCCUGGUUGAUGCUGCUGUCCUGGCCAAAGACCGGGUUGUGUGUUGCUUCCGCAAUGAGUUGAUGGAAUGGUGCGUAGCUCUCUGGAGGAGUUGGGGAGCCAAAGACUUUGAUCUCUUCUACCAAUCGCAUGAAGACUUAGGGAGACUGGAAAUUUCCCUGCGCAAGAGAAGGUAGUGUCCGUAGAUCAGGGCCCCCGAUUAGAAAACUGACACCCUUUGAUGUCUUGAAGACACCCAAACUUUUCUUUCAAAAAGGGAGUAGCAGCUCCCAGGUUCUGCUGCUAAGAGAAACCAAAGAGGACUUCUUCUUCUUCUUCAUGCAUUUGGAUUCCCAGCCACGUAACUAUCAAACGAAUGUCCACAUCUUCCUCCAAUCCCUAUCUAACAAAAUGAAAUUCAAUGUAGAGAAAAGUAAAGUCCUACAUUUAGGUAACAAAAGUCAAA